CUCCACCUCCACCCAAAGCCACCGAUCCCGACGAGAGAGAUGGCGCCGUCGUCCAAGCUCGCCGCCGCCCUCUUCUUCGCCUUCGCCGUCGUGGCGGCGACGCUGGCGCCGGCCGCGGAAGCGAGGGUCCAAGGGUUCGAGCCGGCCAUUGCCGUGGAGAAAACGUCGGUGAGCGGAGGAGCGCAGCGACCGCCGACGACAUUGCCGGGAUUACUACCCGGCUUGCCGUUCCCGCUGUUCCCGUUCCUGAUGUUCCCGAUCCCUGGCUCGCCGGCCGGCGCCGGCGGCGCUCCGCCGUCGGCUGGGUCCGGCGGCUUCCCGUUCCCGUUGCCGUUCCCGCUCCCGCUCCCUGCGCCUGGCUCGCCGGCCGCUGGCGCUCCGCCGUCGUCUGGGUCGUCGGGUUUCCCGUUCCCAAUGCCGUCCCCGCUCCCGCUCCCGGCGCAUGGCUCGCCGGCCGCUGGCGCUCCUCCGUCGUCCGGGUCGGGUCUCCCGUUCCCUCUGCCGUUCCCGCUCCCGCAACCUAGCUCGCCGGCGCAGCCGCAGCCAAAGGAGUGCAUGACGCCGCUGAUGUCCGUGAUGCCGUGCGCGGACUACCUGACGAACACCGCCGUGCCGACGCCGCCGGCCACCUGCUGCGACGGCUUCAGGUCGCUCGUGAGCACCGCGCCCAUCUGCCUCUGCCACGGCAUGAACGGCGAUCUCAACAGCUUCCUCCCCACGCCCGUCGACCCGAUGAAGAUGAUGCUCCUCCCGAUCACCUGCGGCGCCAUGCCACCACUGCAGACGCUGUUCAUGUGCUCCUCUCCAUCGGUGCCGCCAUUGGUGCCUCCGAGGUCUCCUGCCGCUCCAGCGCCUGCUAGCCCCUCCGUGUCGCCAUAGAUCUUCAGGUGUGUCGCCUUGGUAUAUCUGAUGCUUCACCACAGCCACGGUCGUCUUAGUUAGUAUCAGGAGUUACUUUAUUAGGAUGAAUAUAUUGCCCUAAGUAGCAGGUUAAGGAUGUGAUUAGUUAUCAAAGUGUUACUGAGUUACAGUCAUGUAAGUUCUCGUAAAUGGAAUAAUAAAUAGUGGUUUUGUGUGAGGUUGUUCUUUGGUAUUUUCGUGUUAAUGUUAUCUUCCGCUAAAGAUCCCAUGUUUAAUGCUUGGUUUCAUGGCUAUUACUGCAAUGAUCCAUCAAAAUUGAAUAUUUCUCUCCGCAAUAAAUAAAUAAAUAAA